GUUUAAUUUUGACUCGUGUCGGAGAGAAUCAUGGUGAAAUUUUUGUACAUUUUUGCGUGUCUUUCUGUUGUUUUUAGUUGUGCCAAUGCAGACCACGUUAUAGAGUUAAUUAACGGCACAAUUAAAAUAACGGUUGGAACAACAGCAGGAUGUAGUGCUACAGUGAGAUUUUUUAACGAGCACCUGGUCGAAACGUACGAGACAUACAAAGAAUUCUUGCGUCUAGAAUUUGUACCUUGGGGCAGAUCCUCUUACGAUGAAAAUGGAACGAUGAAUUGUCAGUUUGGACCUAGAGAUUGCUUUGCGAACCGUGUCCACAGAUGCGCUUUGAAUUUGUUGAGUGGCAACCAAGACGCCCAAAUGAUGUACAUGACUUGUGAAUUUACCACGCCCUUCCCUGCGUUUAGUGGCUCCUACCUUUGUGCUAAUGCCAUUGGUAUUAAUUUAGUAGACCUUGAUUACUGUGUUACUACUACUGGACACGAUUUGGAUUUGGCAGCUCAAGAAGCAGCUCGUGAACCCGUCGAAAUAUUACAUUACAUUCCUACUGUCCAUUUCAAUGACGUUGCAGAUCGAGAUUUACGUACCCAAGCUGUUCGAAGAUUAAAGAGCCUGAUUUGUUUCGCUUUGGCUGAAGACGAGAGUACUGGUGUUACCAGCUGUCUGAUUUAAGAACCAGUUAAGAUUCGAUUAAGACCGACUGUGACGUUUUGUUGACUUUUGAAAUUAAAAACUUACAUUCUGA